AUGUCUAAUCUCCACAUUGUUCAAAAGGUGGCCAAUGUCUUGGUGUACCUCCUCUUCCUUUCGGCUACCGUCUAUAACCUUGUAGGCUCUACUCCAUCAGAUCCUGUUGUCCAUGAUGGUCAAACUUACCUUACUCCCUCUCACUGGAUUGAAUAUAUCUGGACCCUCAUUCACUUCCUUCUCGGUGGUUUCGUUAUCUACCAAUGGUUUGAACCCGCUCAUGAGGCUGCUAUCCACGGUGUCGGAUGGCACUUUGUUGUUUCCGUCUUGCUUAGUUCAGCUUGGUUGACUCUCUUGCAACAUGGUCACUUUAUCAUUGGUUUCAUCUUUGUUCUCUUAACUGCUUCAUCUGUCUCUUGCGUUUUCUACAAGCUUGCCAAGGACUACCCUACUACCAGCUGGUGGGAUAAGCUCUUCAUCCAUGCUCCCUUCUCCUUAUGGCAUGGCUGGAUCGUUUUCUCUGCUGUUAUCAACCUCUUUCAAGCUUUCACCGGUCUUCGCGAAAAUGGCCCUUCCAUCUGGAUCCGCAUCUUGGCUAUCCUUGCUAUCGUCUUCUUAACAUCCACUGCUAUUGGUUAUGUUGAAUACAAGAAGCACAAGGGUGAUGUUACUGGUGCUUUAGUCAUCGGACUCGGUCUCUUGGCCAUCUUUACUAACCAACAUGAUGCCUGGAUCCACUGGCCCGCUUUAGCCGGUGCCAUUAUUACCCUCUUGUACCCUGCUCGUCCUUAUCUCUUCAAGCUUGUAGGUCGCUCCUCUGAUGAGAAUGCACCUCUUCUCGGUUAA